GCGAGUUGUCUGCUAGCGAGAGAGGUCGAGGUCGCGUCGCUUCGGUGCCCAGGUCCUGUAGAUGCUGAUUUCCCGCGGACUGCAGGUCAAGUGACGUCAAAAAGCACCCUGGGCGUCUUCCAGGACGGGCUGAGGACUUUCCUCUGCGUGGAUGCGAGAAGGACGACUCUGGGGCCGGACUGAGGGAGCCAUCGCGCCCGAAGAUGUGUGGCGGCUUUACGUGCUCAAAAAACGCUCUGACAGCGCUGAAUAUACUCUACAUCGUGAGCAUUCUCUUUUUCCCAUUAUAUCGACAAAGAGUCGCGAAGGAGUCGUCGAACUUCUAACGACAGCAAGUGUCGUCGCCUUCAUCUUGAUCGGAGUAGCUGUCUAUGGAAGGGCUUCGGCAUUGGUCACUAAUCUCCCGAUUAUUGGCGGAAUAUUGGCAUGUGGCGUCAUUCUGAUUUUGAUCUCGAUACUCGGCCUCAUCGGAGCCGUCAAGCAUCAUCAAGUUUUGCUGUUUUUCUACAUGCUCGUCCUGUUCCUCUUGUUUAUGGUCCAAUUCAGCAUCGCUUGUGCUUGUCUGGCGGUUAAUGCCGAGCAACAAGAGCAACUCGCGGAACAGGGAUGGAAACGAGUAAGUCCAGACUUGAGAACUACGGUUCAAGAGACUUUUCAUUGCUGCGAGUUUAACGAAACCAUUAUCGCCACUCCUGAAUUGAUCCCCAAGACUUGUGAAGAAGUAAGCAAAAAUUGCUGUCAACCCGGUAAGGAAGUAUGCGAGUGCAAUACUUGCAUGAAGAAACUGCAGUCGACCAUUGAUUACGCAUUCAAACUGUGCGGAGGGAUAGGAUUAUUUUUCAGCUUCACAGAGUUUGUCGGUGUGUGGUUGACCGUGCGCUACAGGAACCAGAAAGAUCCAAGAGCUAACCCUAGUGCUUUCCUCUAGUCUAACACCAUCGCCAUGUCCCUCGUCUCCUCGCACGAUCCCUCUGAUAGAUGGUAAUUGCAGCUUUCCUGGCGCGGCGCUACCGGAAUCAAUUAGACCCUGAGGAGAAAGCUGCAAGAGCGAUGUUCCCGCAAGAAAAUUACAUUUAUUGAGGUAUUCUGCAAUCCUAAACAAAAUGGCUGGCAUUUAUGGUGCGUCUUUAAUGAGGCAGGAAGGUAGCUACGACAUGCUUCGCAGCGUUUAAUGUGUGCUCAAGUUCGUCUGAAAUUUAUUUACGAGUUGGAUGAAUAUUCAAUACUUGUGCCCAUAAUUAUGAAAGUGGUCUAAAUCAUAUAUUUUUUGUUUCGAAAUUACAUUGAAUUAAUUUCGUUUGAAGUAAUAUGGCGUGAAAUAAC